AUGUCUCCCAAUCAAGGAGAUCAAUUGAGUGCUAAUGGUAGCGGCGAUUUUCGUAUUUAUGAUAACAUGCUCGUAACAUUUGACCCAGAAAUAUUUUUCAAUGUAUUCUUGCCAGUGAUUAUAUUUGAAGCUGGGUACAGUAUGAAAAGAAGGCACUUUUUCAAAAAUUUUGGAGCAAUUGUGAUGUAUGCAUUUAUUGGAACAACUGUAUCAUGUAUGGCUGUUGGUGGUUUGAUGUUUGCGUUUACAAGAUUUCUGCCUAUGACAUUUACAGUGAAUGACUGUUUCUUUUUUGGAGCAAUUAUAUCAGCCACUGAUCCUGUGACAGUGUUGGCAAUAUUCAAUGAUUUAAAUGUGGAUGUAACACUGUAUGCACUGGUGUUUGGAGAGAGUGUUCUUAAUGAUGCUGUAGCUAUUGUACUAUCAGGGUCGGUGUUAACAUUUGAAGAAAGUUCUGUGGAAGCUUAUGGGAAGGAGAAAUCUGCAGGAUUCAGUGUCCAUGCAUUUUUCAAAGCUCUUGGAAACUUUGCGGGUAUAUUUGGAGGGGCGUUUCUUAUUGGUUCUCUGAUUGGAAUGGCGACAGCAUUAUUAACGAAGUAUACAAAGAUCCGCGAGUUCCCUCUUCUUGAGACAGCUCUGUUUUUUCUCAUGUCUUAUGCAUCAUUUCAGACAGCUGAAGCCACUGGACUUACGGGUAUUGUGGCUGUUUUAUUCUGUGGUAUCUGUCAAGCUCAUUAUACACACAAUAAUCUCUCAGAUGAAUCAAAGGCCAGAACAAAACAAUUAUUUGAGUUAAUGAACUUUCUGGCAGAGAACUUUGUAUUCCUGUAUAUAGGAGUGUCGGUGUUUACAUUUGAAAAUGUGAAAUGGAAUGCCUGGUUUAUUUUAGCAUCAUUUGUAUCUAUCAUCAUAGGAAGAGCUAUAAAUAUAUACCCACUCUCAUUUUUAUUAAACCUAGGAAGGAGGAAUAAAAUAUCUGCAAAUCUGAUGCAUAUGAUGAUGUUCUCAGGUUUACGAGGAGCUAUCGCAUAUGCAUUAGCAAUACGUAACACAUCAAGUGAAGCUCGGCAACAUAUGUUGUCUGCUACCAUGGUGAUAGUUCUAGUAACUGUGAUGAUUUGUGGAGGAUUUGUUACACCUCUUUUACAGCUAUUCAAAAUAAGGGUUGGUGUAGAAGAAGACGAGAGUUCACAUGCAGCAGACGUCAGAACU